CCCACGUGCAAUCAUGGCGUCAGUUGAAGAAUCUGAGGAGACUCCUGGCGAAUCCUUAACAGAUUCAUUAGCAAACCUUAAGCUAGAAGAUAGCCCAGAACGUGUGGUAACUCUUGAUGGCGACACAGCCCAAAAAGUAUCACUACUGGAUAAGUACUAUGGACCUUUACCUGAAGCUGAAGACAAAACUGAAGAAUUUGAUUACGUCAUAGAAGUACAUGGAUUCUCACCAAAUUUAAAGACAAAAGAUAUUUUAAAUGAAUUAUUUAUUAAUAAAAGUUCAGAAUUUAUGAAAUUAAAAUGGGUAGAUGACACCCACGCUUUAGCUAUUUAUACCUCAUCAUCCGAUGCUAGUUUUAUUGCUGAAUCAUCAUUCAAGAAUAUACAAACAAGGCUAUUGUCAGAUUCGAAUCACGAAGCAUCUAUUUUUAUAGCAAAGAGUUAUGCAAAAUCCAUCAGAGACUUUUUGUGCAGUAAAAAACCAUCUCAUUCAUCAACUGAGCUUGAAAGCAACUCAUCCAUACCAGAGAAGCCUCCAUUGUCAGCUAGUGUAGCAAGAAGAAUGAUAGGACAUGCUCUUGGAGUAAGGAUCACAGCCUCUCCUGAGCAGAAAGAGAAAGAGAACAGGUUAUGGAAGGAGGCUAAGGAGAAAAAGAAGCAAAGAAAAACUGACUGAAUGUAAAAAAAAUUUUUAUCUUGUAUUAUUUUAAUUUCACCAACAUUCAAUCUAUUUUUACUAACAAUAAAUAAGUACUAAUAAUAAAUAAAACAAGUUUUUACUGUACAAUGUGAAU